AUGGAUGGACACUCUGUUCCACAAGGACUGAACGUCUUACCCUCUCUCUCUGGGAUCGACUUUUUGACCUACAUGUCACCAGAAUUUGACCCACAGGCUUUCAACGAUGGCACGGGUGCAGUAACCCCAGGUCCCGCCUGCCUGGCUACAAACACGAGUCGGUGUGAGAUUGGACCACUUGAGAAACUGUUGCUUUCUAAAUUGACUCUUGUUGAAAUGAAGUGCUCAAUGAGCUCCAACCAGAGCCAUGGGGAGUACCCAGACUGCAGGAGUGAGAGGGAGUCAGGAGGGGAGGCGUCUCUCCUGGUGUCUCCGCUGGUGGUGGCGGGGAUUGUUAUAGGUCUGGUCCUCUUCCUCUCCUGCAUCACCAUCAUCGUGGGCAGCCUGCGAAAAGACAGUCGACUGAGAAACCCCAACCUCAGAGCAAGCUACGGUCUGGAUGGUUUUUCUUAUGGCGGUUCUGUCGGAGAACUGAGAUCUACCUGCUUAGAAGACUUUCCUCCUGGUUUAGACUUUGACUCUUACAGAGAGACUCUGUCGCAGGUCAACAGCUUGUAUCCUGACUCACCUCCACGUUACGAUGAGUGUGUUGGCCCUGGUUCUCAGAUCUACAUACCUACAGAUGACCCACCUCCUUACUCCCUGUUGGACCCCUGUCAGACAGGAGCAGAGCAAGAGGAGCAGCCAAACUACACCAGCUCAGAUCCUUCUCCAUAUUACGGAGAGACCUCAGCCAGUGCCGCCUGGUUCUCCCCCUCCCACUACCCGCUGGGAUUACAGGACCAGGAACAUCAACACAUCUCAUCCAUCUCCUUCCCGUUGGAUGCUGCGCCAUCUUAUGAGUCAGUGCUGGCCGAGCAGGGACAGCCCCUUCCUCUUAUGCCAUGUGACCUUUACAAACACCAAUCAGAGAGGGGGGACGACGGCAAUCCCCAGCAACCAGGGACGGACCAGAUCUUGUAG